CCACCCAAAAGUCAUCUGAGACCACGACGCGGUGCCCCCACCGCCCGAUUCGCCGCCGUCCACGUUUCACAAAACCUCUGUAAAAUCCUUUCCUUGUAUAUUUUUUUUCUUUCCCUCUAAACCCCUCCAGCUGCCACGAAGGCCUUCCAACCCCCGCCCCCCCCCCCCCCCCCCCCAACCCCCCGGGGCGCCUAUUUUCGUAAUUUUCCUCUUUCUUCAAGCUUUUUCCAUGCUCCCGUGAACAAGCACGCUCUAGAGUGAGAGAGAGAGAGAGAGAGAGGGAGGGAGGAAGGGAGGGAGGCUGGCUGACGGAGGCCAUGGGUGCUCUCGCUCCGUUCUCUAAAUGGAUUCCGGCGGAUGAUAUCCUGCUUAAGAAAGCUGUUGAGGAUGGUGCUUCGUUGGAGUCGCUUGCUAAAGGUGCAGUGCAUUUUUCUCGAAGAUUUACUGUUCGUGAGCUGCAAGAUCGGUGGUAUUCUCUCCUGUAUGAUCCAGUAGUUUCUGAAGAUGCUUCUGCUCGCAUGAUUGAGUUUGAGAGUUCCACCACAACUGUUCCAUUUGACAGGUCGGGAAAUUCAAAAGAAAAAAAAUGCGAAUCUGGAAAGAGAAAGGCUGAAAGUGUUCGUAGUAGUUACUAUGCAAUGCGUAAAAGGAUUUGCAAUGAGCCAUUUAAUUCCAUGGGCCUUAAUUUUCUGGUUGCACCCAGUAAUAACAACUAUCAUGGAAAUGGAGAUGAACCUCUUUAUGGAAAUUGCAUGAAUGGAGAUCCGACCUCAGCCCCUUUUGGCCUUGAGACGUCAGAUGUGGAUGCUAUGCAAAAUCUGAUGAAUGUCGGCAUUGAUGAUACCUUUCAUAUGCUCCAGAACCCAGAUGGGAAUGAUUUUCAUAUGGAACAAGGUAAUAUACAUGAAGAUAUUAUGACAUGGAAUGAAUCUGAGGUGGAUGAAUUCAAUCAUCCAGAGGGAUUGCCAGAUUGCAGCCUGUUCAAUGCUGAUGACUUGGGAAUGAAAUUUACACUUGAUCAAAUUAAUGGCAACGAGGGAAAUAUGUGCACAGAAUUUGAAGGGAAUAAGGCCUUUAAUUCACCUGUUUCAGACAGUGGUGCAUUGUUUAACAACUUGGAGUAUUCAUGUCCACUUCCAGCUAUGCCAGUCGAUGUUGAUCUUAGAGAAAAUAAUAUGUGCACCAGCGAUGCUUUUGAACUUCAUGAGAAUAUCGAUGCUGACAGUGCAAGGACAUCAGAGACUGAAGUUCAUAUUAGGAUUGAGGUGGACGCUGAAAUGCCAUGUGGUGAUUUCCAGAGUUCUGCAGCUCCUGUUAGUACUGAAGGUUAUUUGGCAGAACUGUCCAAUUCGCUUUUAAACUUUACGAACGAGGAGCUCAUGCUUAUGACUGCUGAUGGAAAAGAUGUGAUUGAUAAGUCUUACUAUGAUGGCUUGAGCUCCCUUUUGUUGAGGUCACCGAAAGAUGGGGUUCAUCAAGAACAGACGAUCGUCAAAUCUGAGCCAGAAACAUCUGUAGCUCCAGUUAUGGACUCCAUGAAUCCCCCUAGUACGUAUCCUGGAGUGGUAGAUGAUAAUAGAGGAUCCCCAAAUGCUGAUGAAGAUAUGGUUUGCCAUUCAGAGACUCCGAUGCUAUCAUCUUCAACUGCUUCGAACUAUCAAAAUCCUGAAUUGAAAGAUGGAGUUAUCUGCUGCCCAUUAAACACCGAGGACCCAGAAAUUCCAUGCAACGAUGAUAUUUUUCUACCAAAUCGUCCAUCAACUUCUGAAGUGGAUAAGCCAUUAUCUUUGUCCACUAGAGGUUUCCCUGUUAAUAAGAGAAAUAAUGACACAGGGUCAUGCUUUAUGCACAGAGAGCGAAAAAAUCUUGGAGAACCACAUAGUACCUCUCAGAUUAAAGGAUCACACUUCUUACAAGAAAAGGGUCUAAAACCUCCACUAGGUAAUUUCGGGGUGAAAUUUGAGCUGUCUAAGACUGACGCCAGUGAAGUGGCAUCUAAGAAUGCAGGUCAUGUUAGUGAAGUUCUGGGUCAAAUUUAUUCAGCCAAUCCAAGUACAAGUGUUCAACCUGGAAUCCUGAAGGAAGACACUAGAGAAAAAAGUAUAUCGGCAAAGCUUCUCAAUUAUAACUCAACUGAGUUUCAUGUGGAGAAACCAGAUUCCGGUGUCAUUAAACAGGAGCUUGAUCCAUCAGCUACAAUUAGAGACAAUAAAUCAUUACAUACAGGAGGGAUUGCUGAAGCACAAUUAAACCCUGAGACAUCAGAUCAACUGGGGAUUUUUGAGAGUGAUGAUGAUGUACCAUGUUAUUCCGAUAUAGAGGCAAUGGUACUUGAUAUGGAUUUGGACCCAUAUGACCAGGAGUUGUACUCUAGCGAGGAAGUCUCAAAAUAUCAGAAUGAGGAUGCUAAGAGGACAAUCAUACGGCUGGAGCAGUGUGCUUAUUCAUAUUUGCAAAGAGCCACUGCUUCUCACGGAGCAUUUGCCAUUUUGUAUGGACAUCAUUCUAAGCAUUACAUUCAGAAGCCUGAGGUUUUAUUGGGUAGAGCAACAGACGACGCUGUUGUUGAUAUUGACUUGGGAAGCGAAGGGCGUGGUAAUAAGAUAUCUCGAAAACAGGCAAUGAUAAAUAUGGACAAAGAUGGAUCCUUCCAUCUGAAAAAUCUUGGGAAGUGUUCAAUCUCGGUAAAUAGCAAGGAAGUAGCCCCCGGACAAAGUCUAAGCCUUAGUUCAAGUUGCUUGAUCGAGAUACGGGGAAUGCCAUUCAUAUUCGAGAUGAACCAAACACGCGUGAAGCAGUAUUUGGAUAGCAUCCCGCAGUAGCUGAAGGCAAAGAGCACCGAUUGUGAAUGAUAACGGAGGUGCCACAAACGGUAUUCAGAAGGUGCUAAUUUUUCCUGCAGCUUCUGGGGUUCUCUAGUUAGGGAAGAGAUCCCAUCCGGAUCUCUCCCACCAAGUCCUAGGGAUCCGGAGAUGUGGAUCCUUGAAAUUUGAUCCAAUGGCUACAAUUAUUAUAACUUAUAUGGGAUCCUUGUUUGUAGCCAUUGAAACAAAUUUCAAGGGUCUGG